CUCAACACCACACCUCGCCUUCCUAUUGGCUAGCUAAGGGAUUGGCAGCUUCUAGCGCCAACCGGACGCGCCCGCUGCCUUUGCUACGGCCAAUAGCAGGGAGGGGGCGGGCUGCGGCGGGGAGCGUGAGUGUGAGAAUGGCAAAAAAGAACACGCAAAGCAAAGAAAUGAAGGAGGAAAAAAGGAAAAAGCUAAAGCAGCGCGCGGCCCCCAAGGGAGAGCUGGAGUCAGAAAGUGAGCCAAAGAAAAUGAAAGAGAGCCUGCAGGAAACAGAUGAAGAAGAUCUUACCCCAGAAGAAAGAAGGAAACUGGAAAGAAAAUUGAAAAAGGAACGCAAGAAGGAGGAAAAGAAGCUGAUGAGAGAAGCUGGAAUCCCUACUAAAAAAGAAGAGCCCAAAAAGCUGUCAGGAUCAGAGCUGGCUCUGGCCUAUUUAACCAGCUGGUCUAAAAAUCCAGAAGAAUGGAAGUUUCAAAAAACAAGACAAACCUGGCUUCUCUUGCACAUGUAUGAUAAAGAGAAGGUUCCAGAUGAGUAUUUCACCAUUUUACUGGAUUAUCUGCAGGGACUUCAAGGCAAAGCACGAGACACAACUGUGCAGAAAGCUGAAGCUCUUAUGAAGGAGUUGGACGGGUCAGAUGCAGAAGACCCGAGCAUGGUAGAGAAGAGCGAGCGAAUACGACAAGUUCUGCAACUGCUGUCCUGAGUGUUUUUGUGUCUUGAUAGUUGUCUGGUGGGAGAAGGAUAGAACGUAAUGAACAGAUACUACAAAUCAGUUGUAAAGACAUAUUUUGAUAAUGAAUCUUUAUGCUAAAUUUUCAUAUUUUGCACUUGUGUUUUCCAACCUCAAUUAUUUAUAAUGUUUUUAGGUGAUGAAAUCAAAACAGAACACCGUAUUUGAUCCACAGACAUGCUGUUUUGAUUAAAAGUAAUCUUACUGCAUAUCUUUAGAAAAAUAAACCUCUCUUUCUUGUUAUUUUUUCUCCACUUCCCCAUGUAAUUAAUGUUAAAUAAGAGGAGCUUUGCAGUUCUUAAUAAGAAGAGCAAAGCAACCAACAAAAAGCCUGGAGGUUCUUUUACAAUGGCAGCUUUUAAAAUUAACAUACAGUACAGUGCCUGCUCAGCCAGCUGUAAUCUAUCACUUUCAGCUUUAGAAGUAUGUCAUUUGGAUUUGGGAAAGAUCAUUUUCAGUCUGUUGAACACGGGUUGUAUAACACAGUUGCUUAUUAGUACUUCACGCAGCGAUCUGAAGAUACCAUCAGCUUUGUUAGUUUUCCUUGUAUAUUUUAAAGGUUUCAAAUGCUUUAUGGCAAUUGUUUAGAUAUUCAGAUAAUGUACAGAUGGGGACAGAUCAAACCCUUUGACCACAUGUAGUGAAAUCAUCUGAUUGUACAUAAACUUAUGCUAAGAUGAGAAGUGCCAUGCUGCAACUUUUUGUGGAUAGCCUGCCAAUGUUACAUUUUUUAUCUUUCUCUUGUAAUUGGCAUCCAAAAGAGUUAAUUUGUGUUCAUUUGCUUUGACAUGGGAUAUUUGUCUCCUAUGAAUAUGCUGAAAAUGAGGCUUUCAAGUAAAAAACAAGGACAUUAAUUACUCAAAAGUUGGAUGAUUGGCGUAUUUAAUAACACUUGUGUUCAGACAGUGUUCUUGACCCGAUUCUUUAAUCUUUCUGCAAACGUUGUUCUUACUUUAUUAAUAACAACAGUAUGAAAUGUGUGGUAUUUUGGAAGAGUAGCUGUCUUUGGGAAAUACUGCUUUAAUUUGAGUGGGUGAAGGAGAGGAGAAUCUAUGGAUAUGCUGGCCUAAUUUUUCAAUAGGCAUUUGAGUGGAUUUGACAGCCCUCACAGUCAUGGAUUACUACAAAUCUUUAAAAGUAUGAAAUUUAUUACUAGUAACAAAUAACUUAUGCUUUCUGACUUAUUAAAUAUGAUGUUUUCAGACGAAAAAGACUAGAGAGCAGCGUGCCCUGCUUUAACACAAUAAUUGUGAUGGAGUUAACACAACGGGGAGCAGACUGCAGCAGAAGUGACCAGCCUCUGUUGAGCUGCUGAUGGCUCAAAAACAUUUCAGGAUGACCAUUGGAUGUGGGCUGUGGAGCUAGCUCUCUCGGAGGAUGCAUGCAGUGUCAAAGCAGGGAUUUCCAAAGGGCUGGAAGAAAGGAUGGCACAGGUACAAUGCAGGAGGAAGGAAGACAUGCAGACAGGUAUGAGGGAAGAUCACAGAUGAGUUGAUGCUCUCAGUGAAGAGUAAGCUUGGGCAAAUGAGGGGAGAAAUUGCAGAAGUAUAAGACAGAAAUGCAGGUUUUCACAAAGUUGAGUGAGCUCACAUGCAGGACCACCCUAAUAUUGUAGCUGUCAAUUUAAAUGAUCUUGUUUCUUCCCCUGUCCCCUUUGCUUUCUCUUUUUCUACCACUGAUAAGGUCACGAGCUGGAAAGAUCUUUCUGAGUCCCAAGGCUGUAUAAAAUUGUUUCCAGUGCAAAAGUCAGUGAAAAGGAUCUGUAAUAAAGGGAAGUGAUACUGACAUUAAGUGAACUGGUACAAGAUCUUUGGAUCUUCUGUUUUAUGCCUGAGAAUGUGCAGCUGAGAAAACCUGAUGUUAGUAGAAGCAGAGGCUGAUGCUUUUUUUCUCUCCAUGAGAAGGAAGGAUGAAUUUCUAAUGGAUGAAGUUUUCAAAGCAUCUUCUUGUGAUUUUAUGAUUGCAUUUUAGGUGUCAGAGAAGACUGUGUGUUCUGUCUUAGAUAUUUGAGAAUCACCACUUUCGAUUUUUCUAUUACACAAAAACAUGCAUCCUCAUUGUGCACUUCUUACACCUUGUAGCUUAAAAGCACAGCACGCUGCAAGCAUAUUCUGGAAGAGACUUGUAAAAAGGAUUGCAAAGAUAAGGCCCAGGUGAAAAGAUGUGAACCUUUUAUCAGCAUGAUAGAUUUAGUAAGAUUUGCCUUCCUUGAACCUUUGUUCUGGCUAUAUGCAAAUGCCAUCAAGAUUAAGAAUGUCAUAUUUCUUUUUACAUCAAUUAAUAUUAAAAAUAUGUAGGGCCUACCAGUCUGCAGUCCGUGUGAACAAUAACAUGGGGAAUAAAGCAGCUAGAGCCUCUCGGCAGUGCGGUCUUUGCUCUCUUCUCCAGCUCAGUUCCAACUUUCACUUCAGUGCUACCAGUUACUGGAUGAAGGGUAUGGUCUUUGGCUUUCACUUCUUGCAGUUACGGGAAAUUCAGAAGCUAACAAAUAAGGUGUCUGUUGUUCUGCUGGUGUUUGGUUGAGAAAGCAAUGUAUCUGCCACAUGACUCUUCGUGUGUGGUACUGCUCAAAGGCCAGCAAUGUCUGGAAACAGGUUAAAAGGCUUGUGGAACUUCUGCUUUGUGUUGUUACUCUACAUGACAUGGGCUUUAAAGCUCAGCUGGAAAUAUUGUAAAUAUGUUUUUAUACUUGGUGUUGUAGUAUAAAUAGGAAGGGACACUUAAAUGGCAUUUCACUUUUUUCCUUUCUCCUUCUCUUGAAUCUUCAACUAGUAGGCAAAAAAUUAAUCUUCCAAACACCCAUGAAAUACAAAAGUAAUCACUUUUCUGGGAGGUGUGUGUUGUUAGGCCCAUUUAAAAGAUGAGAUUGUGAGGACCUUACCCAACACAGUGUGCAAAUUCAAUAGCAUCUGUGGCAAUCAAAUUCUGUCUCUUCAAUAUGUGAGCCACCAGGCCAGCUUCUGCUUCCUGCUCAGCUUGGGAUUUGAAUCUAGAAAUUUGGAUUGUAUAAUGAAUAAAUUUAGUCGGAUUUCCUUCAUGAUGUAGUUUAAAUUAUAUAUUUUAAAUUAUUAAAUGUAUAAUACCACUAUUGAAUUCCUGAACCUGGUCAAAGCUGUGAAGGAAGUGACAAUCUGUCACUUCAUUCAUUUUAUUCUGUCAUUUAAUCACCUAGAAUUUUCCAAUUUUAACAUUAGUUGUAGCUUAGCCAAUCAUAUAGAUACAGAUAGGACAAAAUGGUGUCUGGGUUUCCGUUUAAAUGUCUGCUGUGUUCAUAAAACUUGAAUCCAAGGCUAGAAGUAACAGUGUGUACAGUCUGACAAAUGACAUCUUCAUCUGCCUACUCUAAUUGUCUUCUAGUUGGGCUAAUCUGCAUUGUGUAGCUCCAACUAGAAGAAUUCCUAUCUUAAGAGAAUGCUGAAGUCAGGGCUUCUAGGCAAAAUAAAGGAACAUUAAUUACUCAAAAUUGCUUAAAGCUGGAACUGUGCCUCUAAUGACAGUACUAAUUACUCAAAAUCUGACAAUGUAAAAAGUUCCCUUUAAUUUGGCUGAUCCUUCCCAUGGAGUUUAUAUCUUCUUGGCUCUCCAGUGUCUGCCCACAAUUUUAAUUUGUUAUCACCAUUGUAAAAUUACUGAGUAAAUGAAUUGUCUCUUCUUAUUUGGAAAGGAUAGAUCAUAGCUGUUGAAUGUGUAGUUUAUUUCAAUAUUUUGUCCCUCUGGAUAAUAGCUCUGCUGUGUUUUUGUUAAUUUAAGCAACGUUAAAUUUGUUAACUUUUGUUAAGUUAAGCAAUGUGACUCUUGUCUUGUCUCCUACCAUUGCAGGUAGCUUAGAAAUACAUUUCUUUGGUUCAGA